GAAACUAUUAUCUAGUUUAUUAAGCAAUGUAUUAAAAAAUAAAUAAAAAAUUGAGCAUAGGUACCUCUAUUGAAGACUGGAUGGACAAUUGGACAAACCAUAUAAAAUACGUCAUAACCCAAACAAAUUAAAUUAUUAGGUAAUUUACAAAGAAAACGGCAUACUAUACAAUUCUGAAGUUACUAUCGCUAUGAAAAUCGAACAUCAAAAAUUGGAAAAAGAAUUAGUAAUUUGAUAUUUUUAACGACAACAACGUGGAUGUUGAUUUAAGAUUUUCAUAUAGCCAAAAAUAGGUGUGCUGUUGUGGACCGUGGACACACAGACUCGCGGGUAUUACAGUCGUUUGACUUUGGCGCUCCACUCAUACCGAUUGACUACCAAUUGCCCAUUUCGACGAGUAGCACAUAACAAUACGAAAAUUUCAUAAAUAAUCGAAGGAACGGGUCGGUAAACGGCGAUCAAAGGUGUACAAUGUUUAUGUCGUCUCGUCGAUUCACGAUAAUUAAUAUUAUUAUACAUACGAAUCAUACGUCGUGUACUCGCGGUGUCUGCUGACAGUUCAAAAAUCAGCAGCAACUUAGCAACUUGUUGAAUAAAAAUAACAAUAACAUUAAUUAACACUUGUAGAUGGGCAAUAAACUAUAAAGAAACCUAUUAUUAUAUAUUAUUAAUUAUUAUCGUCGACGGGUGUUGGGAAUUCAUUUUUUUUUUUUUUGUUAUCUAUGCUGUCAGUUCACUGCGCUCGACGCUAUCACUGCCGCGGCCGCCGCCCGCCGACGUCGUAUCACCGACUAUUCACCGUUGUCGUUAUAAACAAUAAGGCUAUGCAUUUUAACAUUUCGACAUUAAAUAUUUAAAUCGUAGACGAUUAAAGAUCUUUAUACAUUUAUACAAUAUCAGAUAUUACGUCCAUGCCUUGAAUACUUACAGUCUACACGACAGUACGUUUAUUAUAAAUGUGUUAUAUAUGUCGAUACGGCCAGUGUUCAUUAUCAUAGAUACGAUUCAUGACAAUAACGCCAGAGUUAACCGAACGGGAUCAAGACUGAAACUGCUCAUAUCAUAACUAUUGACUCUACUUUUAACUCUACAGUAUCCACUAGUAUUUGUAUACACGACAAUUGUGCUUUUGUUGUUGUUGUCGGACGUAGCUGAUAUUUCGACAAAUGUUGUUCUCUGGAAGUUGGUCGAUUGAAAUGAUGGAGAUGGAUGAUUAUGUUCACGCUGCAAAGUUAACAAUUACUACUCUCCACUUCUGUUAAGACUGCAUAGACGGCAACAACAAUUUGAACACUCUUCACUCCUUCACCAUAAUGUUUUUCAGGGUCAGACAUCAGAAAAUGGUACAUGUGUACCUUGUCGUACUUGUGAUACUUGGGAUGUUAGUAGUACUGGGCGCAAUGAUAGCGUACCACGCAUUAUUGCGCGAACAGAAUUUUCAAAUUGAAGCAGCUGUAGCCAAAUUGGUAAAUGGCAAUAGUAAAUACCAGCAUUUUGAUUCAUCUGCUUCACAGUACCGCCAAAACUCUGUCAUGAUUUUAGAAGAACAAAAGCCUUUGGUAAUCUACAAUAGAGUACCUAAGACUGGAUCCACAAGUUUUGUCAAUGUGGCCUAUGACCUACAUUCUCAUAAUGCAUUUCGGGUCCUUCAUGUCAAUGUUACGGGGAAUUCACAUUUGCUUUCCAUCUAUGAUCAGUAUCGGUUUGUUGACAAUACCACACGUUGGACACGGCCUGCAUUUUAUCAUGGACAUUUUGCAUACAUUGAUUUUGAAAAAUAUGGAUACAAGAGGCCAUAUUAUGUUCAAUUGUUACGUAAACCUUUAGAUAGGUUAGUUUCAUACUAUUAUUUCUUGCGGUAUGGUGAUGAUUAUAGACCACAUCUUGUGCGCAAGAAACAUAUGGAUUCAUCAACAACAUUUGAUGAGUGUGUUGAGCGAGGAGGGUCGGAUUGCCAAGCAAAUCUACUGUGGUUGCAAAUUCCUUUCUUAUGUGGUCAAUCUGCUGACUGUUGGAUUCCUGGAAGUGAGUGGGCAUUACAACAGGCUAAACGCAAUGUUCUUGAAAAAUAUACUUUAGUUGGAAUUACCGAACAAAUGGGAGAAUAUUUACAAAUGCUUGAACUUGUGAUUCCUGGUGGGAUGUUUCGCAAUGCUUCUGAACAUUUCAAACACAGUUCUAAAUCACAUCUAAGAAAGACUGCCAAAAAAUAUCCCGUCUCUCGGAAGACCAUACAAAAAUUUCACGAAUCCACAGUUUGGCAAAUGGAAAAUGAACUGUAUGCAUUUGUUACCAGAGAGUUUGCUUUUGCAUAUGCUAAACAAUUUCCUAAUGUCUCGUCAGGACUUGCUGGCACUAAGAAAAAAAAUGUAAAAAUUAGUGACUUAUCUCCACCUAAUUUCCGAUAUGAAAAAAUAUAUCCAAAACCAUCACAACAAAAAAAGAAAAAAAGCACUGCUCAUGUACAAUGAAUUUUAUUUUAUUUUUAUGACUAUAUACAGUAGUACCCAUGUUGAAAAUAAAGUACUACUUAAAACUAUUUUUAGUUUAUUUAAAAUAUGAUGUGUAAAAAUAUCUCAAAUCCAUCGUGUAUAAUAAACUAAACUAUGUAUUCUAUAUUUUUAUUGACGCCAAAAGUUAUUAUUUAUAAUAAUGAAUUUGUUUUAAAUGUUGUCUGUUAAACUGUUGUAAUUUCUUUUUUUUUAUAUGUAUAAUAUACAAUUUACUUGACAUCAAGUAUAGUUAAAAUUAAAACUGUUAUUUUUAUACUUGUAGAGAAUAAUAAUUAUAGAACAACCAAUAUUGACUGAAUUUAUAAUAUUUAUUAUUUGUUUUUACUUUUUAUUAUUUAUACUCAAUAUUCUUGAUAAAAAAUAAAAAUGGGAAUUUAGUUGUAAAACUGCAUUGUUGAUAUUUUUUCUUUUACUUUACUUAUUGGUCUAUCACAUAAUAAAUAUUCGGUAAUAAAAUUUUUUUUUACUUGUUUUUGUGUACUAUUAGGGUAUUAGAUUAUUAUUAUUAUUAUAAAGAAAUAAUAUUAAUUCAAUAUAAUAGUUUAUAAACCACAAAUUUAAUUAUCUUAUUAUGUGAUAUGAUAAUGUGUACGACUGUAAGCUACUACUUCAUGCUUUGAAUAAAUAUAGAUUGUAAACUAGAUUGCAAAUUUA